AUGGAACCAUCUAUUAAGACUACUUUGGCCAAUAUAACCAACCAUAUAGCAGACUCUUGCUGUCAAGUCUAUUUCAAGAAUGAGUACGAACAGCCUUCAGGAAGCUUCAAGCUUCGAGGAAUAGGUCAUUUGAUUAGCAAAUCCUUGGACAAGGCUAAAAGCGAAAACAAACCGGUUCGAGUAUUUUCAUCAAGCGGUGGGAAUGCUGGUCUAGCAGCCGCUUAUGCUGCACAGCUGUUGGGUGCUAAAUGUUGUGUUGUGCUUCCUAAAGUCAGCAGUCAAGCCGUGAUUGACAAAUUAAAGGGAUUGGAUGCCGAAGUUAUUGUCCAAGGGGAACAUUGGGGUCAGGCCGACGACUACUUGAGAACAGAGGUAAUGGGAAACUUGGAUGAUUCAGUAUAUCCGGUGUACUGUCAUCCUUUUGAACACGAACUCAUUUGGGAGGGCCACGGAGUCAUGAUUGACGAAAUCACUACCCAAUUAUCCCCACUUGAGUUAUCUCGAGUUAAAGGAGUAAUCUGUAGUGUUGGAGGAGGUGGAUUAUACAAUGGAAUUGUUGCUGGAUUGGAAAGAAACCAAAAUUUAUCCAAAGUUCCAGUGUUAGCAGUCGAAACUAAACAAGCACCUACUUUCACCGAAGCCAUAAGUGCCAAUAAAGUUGUUAAUUUAACCAAAGUGAAGACCUUAGCUACCUCGUUAGCUUCUCCUUACAUCUCCGAAAAAUCACUCCGUAAUUAUAAGGCUCAUAAAACCCACGUUGAAUUAUUAGAUGAUAAAGAUGCCCUCGCCGGUACUAUCAAGUUUUACGAUACUUUCCAUCUGCUUAUCGAACCUGCUUGUGGAGUUGCUAUUAACGUAGCCUUAGACAAACAGUUCUUACUCGAAAAGGCUUUCGGUUCCUUAUCAAAAGAUGACAUUGUUAUUGUCAUUGUCUGUGGAGGUUCUUCUACAUCCUUGGAAGCUCUCAACGAGUUAAACUCAAACUCAAACUCCAACGGUUGGCUUCCCUUAUGGAAUUCAAAAGUACGUGCACUGAGCUUAAGCGAACCUGACGAAAACAGCUCAUUGAAAGAAAGGUCUAAGUCUCCCAUUUUAGAUAGUUCAAGGUCAAGUUCAAAAAAACGAAGCUAUUCUGGCAACCCCUCUUUAAAUCCUAAGUCUUCGACAAACUCGUUAGUAUCAAUGACAGCAGGUAACUGGUUGGGCUGGUCGAGCAAGCUGGGAAGACUCGAGUAUGAUGAGGGCAAUAGACAGCAGCUUCAAGAUAACGAAGAUGCCGUAGAGGAAGAUGAUUAUGCUGAAGAUAGAGAUGAUUAUACUCCAGACGAUAAUGGCGAUGAAAUUGAUGAUCAUGUUGGACAAGAUCGUAAGAAGAGUUCGUCUACUUGGAGCUUUUGGAAUAGUGCUAACAAAGAUCAGGACUUAAAUGACUCUUCCGGUGAUAAUAAUAACAAUGAUAAGAAAAAUUCUAAGAAGGAUUCACUAACUAGUAUAUCCAAUACUAUUCUCAAUUCUACCCCUUCAAUUCCAAGUAAACAGGAUAUUUUGAACUCUAGUACUAAUAAAAAUACAAAAGUUGAUAAAGCAAAUUUGAAUGAGGAAAAUGAAGACGAUGCUGUUUUAUACAAGCCUCAUGACAAACCUAAUCAAUUUAAGCAAAUUAAUACUCAUAGAAAUGAAGAUUUGAAACAAAAUGUCAUAGUUCCAGAUUGGAGUAAUUGUCUUCCCAAUCAAUCUUCUGCAAGCUCAUCAACUAACUCUAUUACAAGUAGUAUAUUUGGUAAUAGCUCUACAACAAAUAGCAAUGGCCCGCAAACUUCUAAAAGUGAUUUGAAAAAUUGGAGAAAUAUUCUCACCCAAUUAUCUACCAGGUUAGGUUUUAAUUCACAGUCAUUGACAGGCGUUACUCAAGGAGAUAACAUUUCAGAUUUGAACGACACCUCAAAAGAAAAAGUAGAAAAAGAAUUCAAUUUACUAUACGAGAAAACUUAUAAGUUAUAUGGAAGAUCUUUGGCCAAGUUACCUCCUCAUAAAAGAGCUUGUUUACCUAACUAUAAUAAGUCCUACACAACUGGUUACUAUGAAGAUGAUCAAGAACAUGAGAGUCAACAAACUUAUAGGUACCCUCAACAAACUCAGCUAGAGGAAGAUGCUGAAGAUCCUAACUCUAUUUCAAUCACCAAUGAUCCAAUGGGGAAUUUGUUAAUCAAUCAUAAACCUUCAAGAUCUUCUCAAAACAGACCUAAUAUAUCACCUUCAGAUAUUAUUUCACAAAAGACUGGACCAUUACGUAAAAUAAAAAAGAUUUUGAUUAUAGGUGUUCACGGGUUCUUCCCAACCAAAAUGAUAAGACCACUUAUUGGAUCACCGAAAGGUACUUCGUUGAAAUUUGCAAAUGAGGCUGAAAAAUCAGUUAUUCGAUAUUGCAUCGAAAACAACUUAAUCAAUGAUAGUGAUUCAAAUGAUAUUAGUAUUCAAAAAAUUGCUUUAGAAAAAGAAGGCAAAAUUUUUGAUCGAGUUGAAUUCUUCAAAGAAAUUUUAAUCAAAUGGCAAAAAGAAUUAAAUGAAGCUGAUUUCAUUUUCAUGGCAUCACAUUCUCAAGGGUGUGUAGUAUCAAUUAUGUUAUUAGCAAACUUGAUAAAAAUGGGGAUCUUAAAAGAUCCGAUUAAGAAAAGAAUUGGGAUCUUAGGAAUGGCCGGUAUUAAUAAUGGACCGUUUUAUGGUGUUGAUAAGUCAUUUUUCAUGAAGGCUUACUCAGCGAUUGAACACGAAUCUAUGAUUGAACUAUUUGAACUAACAAAAUUCGAAAGUGAACAGUCAUUGGUUUAUAAAGAAUCAAUUCAAAUAAUCAUCAAUGCUAAUGUGAAAAUAUGCUUUAUCGGAUCUAUAAAUGAUCAGUUAGUACCCCUCUACUCGGCACUAGCAUCUCAUGUUUUCCAUCCCAAUAUAUACCGAGCUUGUUAUAUUGAUCAUUCAUCCCAAACCCCAAAAUUCAUUCAGAAAUUAGUUUCAUUAUGUUGUCAUUUACAAAAUAUUGGUUACUUUGACAGUAAUGUUUUAAAAGAACUAAGCUUGGUAUUGGCAGGCCCAUUGACCGGUGGUGGUCACUCCAAGAUUUAUAAUGACGGGAAAGUUUACGAUAUGGGGUUGAAAUUUGUAUUAGACACAGAUGAUAUCGUUAUUCCUCCUACUUUUACAUCUACAUUCCCCAGUAAAGAUUUACCAAUAGCUACUCCUACCAGAUCAAGUGGUCAAAACAACGGUUUUGUCACUAGUGGUAUUGGCACAUAUGGGGGGUUUGAUGCUUCAGAAGGAAUCGAAGAAAUUGUCAGAAUCCCCAUAACUAAUCAAGUAUAUAUCAAAGAGUACAAUAUUGGAAAAAUAGGUACGAAUCCUUUCUUGCUUCCGUGGUGCUUAAGAGGCUUACUCUUCAAUAUUGAAAAAAAUUGGCCAAAUAACAAUAAACUCAUCAGUGUUGAAAAUGCCCGAGACUUUGGUAAAAACGGGUACGAUGAGAUUAACGAAUUGUAUCAGCUGUUUGACAAUUGGAAACCUGACAGUAAGAUCCUAAAAGAUCUUAAAUUCAGAUUAAAUGGUAUCAGAGCUAGCAAAUUAUAACAACUAGAUACCUGGCAUUAGACGACUUUCAAUUCUCUACUUAUUUAUUUUAAAUUACUACAACUUACAAAUAUUAAUUCGCUUUAUUAACUCUAGAUUCAUG